UGGGCCAACUUGAUAGGGCAUCACUUUUGUGGAAUUUGGAACUAAAUUGAGUGACCCAUAAGACCCAUGGACUCGUUGGCUUAAUACGGAGUAGUAGCUUUUUUCUUUUUGGUACUCUAGUCGCAUCUUCUUCUACCAACUGAAUUUCAAAAUUUUAACGGUCAAGUUCCCUAAAAACCUUCCACUUUGUUCUGAAACAACCAAAUGAUUCACCGUCCCAAAUUUCUAUCAACCUUUGUUUCCAAACUCACCCUCCUCCGCCAACCAUCUCUCCAACAACAACUUCGCGCAAAAUAUAGUCGUAGAUACAACCCUAGAGACGAGGACGAAGAUGAUGAUAGAGUUCGAAAGAGAACUGAAAAUCAAGAAAAGAAUAUACAUCUACACAAAAGCAUGGGUCAGCACAUUCUCACCAACCAACGAGUUCUUGAUUCCAUUGUCCAAAAAUCUGACAUAAGGCCGACCGACACUGUUCUGGAGAUCGGACCAGGCACCGGAAAUCUCACUCUGAAGCUUCUCGAAGUCGCCAGAAAGGUCAUCGCAGUUGAAAUUGACAAGAGAAUGGUGGAGAUUCUCCACAAUCGUGUCGCAGAGCACGGACUUGAGGAAAAACUGACUGUUAUAUGCAAGGAUGCGUUGAAGACUGAGUUUCCGCAAUUUGAUCUUGUUGUGGCAAACAUUCCGUAUGGAAUAUCAUCGCCUCUUUUGGCUAAAUUGGUAUUUGGAGCAAUUCCAUUUAGGAGCGCAACACUUCUACUUCAGAAAGAGUUUGCACGGCGAUUAUUGGCGAAUCCUGGUGACUCGGAGUAUAAUCGUUUGGCUGCAAAUGUGAAGUUAGUGGCUGAAGUGGAGUUUGUCAUGGAUGUAAGCAAGAGGCACUUUCUACCUUGUCCAAAAGUUGACUCUUCCGUUGUUAAAAUCCGGCAAAAAGCUGAAAUCCCAGAGGUUGAUCUCGAUGAAUGGCGUGCCUUCACAGCAGUGUGCUUUAUUAAGAAGAACAAAACAUUGGGUGCGACAUUUAAGCAAAAGAGGAAGUUGAUGCAGCUACUGAAAUUGUCUGAAGUGACAGGUUCUAAUGAAGGAAAUGCUGUUGAUUUCGACAAUUCUGAUUGCAGUGAUGAUGGAGAUGAAGAGGACAAAGAAGGUGAGAGUGAUGAAGGGAACUACUCUUUAUCCUUUGGCUCGGAAAUGGGGAUGAAUUUGUUUAAGGAAAAAAUCAUUGGAGUUCUGAAAUCCAGUGGGUUUGAGGAUAAAAGGCCUUCAAAGCUAUCGAAUGAGGAAUUGCUGCACUUGCUCUCUUUAUUUAAUCAAGCUGGGAUUCACUUUCGUGAUCGAGCAAAGAAGAGGGAUGCAAGCAAUGUAGAAUUUGCUGCUGCCUAAACUCCAUUGUUCUUUGCAUUUUCAUUUUAAACAUCGUUAUUUUUUAUGAUUAUUCAUCCAGCGUUUUGUGCUUCAUCUACCGAAUCAAGGGAAUAGAAGUCAGCCGUGGAAUCGCCCACUAAAAUGGAGUAGCUGGUUUUUUUUCUUCUGCCAAACCACAGAACAAGUCCACCGUUUCAAACGCGAGCAUGCAUUUCUUGGAGGAAGAUGCUGCUGUAAAUUGGCAGGUUGCAUGAUCAACAUUCUACUCAAUGCUGCAAUUCUAUCUGCAGCAGCAUCUCAUCGGAAGCUUUGUGCUUGUCUAAAUAUACAUUUGAACCAGUCCUUUUCGGGGUUUUGGUGCCUUCUGUCGCGAGCAGAUAGGGAGGAACUUGCUCUGAACAAACAACUUAAAUGCAAUGUUGAUUUUUUCUUUUCUUUUGUUUUUUUUUUGAACUUGCUCUGAACAUUACUGAAAGAGCGCGAAGAUGUCAGGCUUGUGAGAUUUUACCUCAUGGGUUCUGGACUAUUUUUAUUGAGAAGAAUAGAGAACCAAUAAUUGUUAUUUAUUUUUUUGAAUUUUAUUAUAAAAAAAUGUGACAAACGUGAUUACUCAUGUUUGAA